AUGAAAAUGAUUGUUUUCCUAUUUCUUUUAGCAAGACAUAGUUUAUCAGAAGAACAGAAACCUACAGAGACUGAAGCCAACAUUGAAGAGGACAAGUCAUUGUUAGAAACACAAGUUCUUUCUGAUUUUAUUACAGCUCGUCUUUCCAGAAAUCUUACAGUAAAAGGGCAACAUGAAUUGGAACCAAUCGUUGGUAAAUAUCUCAGAAAACCACUUGUAAAUCUAUUGCAAGGAAUCAGCCCUUCAAAUCUCAAUCUCAGAAGAUUGUAUUUUACAAACUUCGAUAAUAUUAUUCUUAAAGGUGAAUCUAAUUGUCUUGCAAGAUUCCCUGAUAUAACAAUUUCCGAUUGUACCUUUAAAGGUUUUAGAAUGCAUCCAAUCCAUAUUAACGGGCCUUCGGGCAUGCAGGAGUUUGAGGAUCAACCAGAACAAAAUCAAAUCGUUAAAGAAUAG